CGCGCGUGGGCGAUACUUGAGUCUGGAUAACCAGGAAUCAAAUUAAGAGUUACGUACCUUUGACAGGUAUGCGAAUUGAGAUAAGGUGACGAUGUGACAGGUCAGUCCGAGGAAAAGCGUACAGUUUGUGUUGUGAAUGGUUUAAAUCAUAUAAUGGCUGAUACAGGGUUAGAUUUAGAAUAUCACUAUAGUCCCAGUAAAUGGUCUCACAGAUAUAGCCCUGAUGAUGUCAUAGAUGCACACAUAAAAUUUAUUGAAGACAAUACAAAGACGGCUAAAUGGUGUUUAGAAGUCGAAACAGAUAUUUGUUAUGGUAAAACACAGAAUCAGAAACUCGAUGUUUACAUCGACAAAAAUACUAAUAAGAAAGGAAGUCCUAUAUUUGUGUAUAUACAUGGUGGAUACUGGCAGGCUUUAAGUCGUGAAAUAUCUGGAUUUAUGGCUCCACCAUUAGCUCAAGCUGGUGCUACUGUUGUUGCUAUUGGUUACGACCUUGCUCCCACAGCAUCAAUGGAUGAAAUAGUUUUGCAGGUGAAACGUGCGAUGGCUUUUAUAUUUAAACUUGCUAAAGAAAGACAGUCAAGUGGUAUUUAUUUAUGUGGUCAUUCAGCUGGUGCACAUCUUGCAGCCAUGAUGUUGACGUCUGAAUUUGAAGAAGAUGAUGCUUUUGAUUGUGAACUUAUCAAAGGAGCUGUUUUAGUUAGUGGUAUAUAUGACCUUCGACCUCUGGUAACUACUUCUAUAAAUGAGCCCCUUAAGCUGACAAGGGAGGAUGCUUGGAGGUUCAGUCCUAGUAAUUUUAUAAAUGAGAUUGCCAGAAUGUGCCAAAGUAGAGAAAUUAAUUUAGCUGUGGGGGAAUAUGAUCCACCAGAGUUCAGACGACAAACAGGAGAAAUGGAAAAGAGUUUACGAGAUAAGGGUGUAAAAACCAAAUACUACGACAUUCCUGAUACAGAUCAUUUUAAUAUAGUAGAAAAACUACACAAUGCUAAAUACACUUUAACUCAGGCUUGUUUAGAAAUGAUGGGUUUGUUGAAAUGAUAGCUAGACAGCAGUACAACAGAAGAUAUAUUAAAUUCUGCAUCUAUAAACAUAAUAAAUUUAAGAAUUUAAUUAUUCAAAUCAACAGGGAAUUAGAGAUAAAAGAGUUACACAGUAUUUGACGCCAAAUAUCUUGUGAUGUCAUUAUUUUCUGUAAAUAUCAGAAUUUGAUUAAUUAUUAUCUAAUUAUCUAAUGACAUCAUUAUUUCGAGAAAAUGUUGCUAUAUGUUAAAUACCUAUUUAUUAAAUUGUUUCAGUGGCACUUAGUAAUUGAACUGCAAUAUACAGGUCACAAUUCUAUAGAGUACAAUUACUGUUUAUUACAUAGUGACAUUUUCAUAAAUAUAUUGUCUUGUCAUAUUUUAUUUAUUUGUCAUAUGCUUAGAAAUAAGCAGUAAUUGUAUUCAAUAGAAUAUCCAUUUCAUUGGCUAUCAACUAGAAUGAGGUUUAUAUAACAACUCUUCCAGAUCCUAGUAAAAUAAAGACAAGUAAAACGAAAUUUUGAACUAUAAAAAACGAAACGAAAUAGGAUCUGUGUUUUAAUCAGUUUGUUUUUGACAUUGAUUCCUUGGUCUUUAUCAUACAAAUGUCAUUCGCAUUUCUAAAGUUCAGUAAAGUAUCAUUAGAAAUCACAAUCUGCUCAAUCCAUACUAAACUUAGGCUGUUUGUCUACAAUUAGCUUGCUUGCGAACAGACACUAGUUGACCAACAUUUUAAGUUUUAUAUCGAUGAUUUUAGCCGAAAAAAAACGUCAAGUAUACUUCGAGAAUUUUAAGAUGUAUUUAUUCUGCUUCCAUUAAUUGGUAUUGAAUAUAUUUAUUUAGUCUUUGUGUGUAUGAGAGAUGUGAAACGUAGUGGAACCACAUUACAAAACAAUACUAAUUUUUGGAUAUGGCUUCCAUUCAGGGCAGAGAUCUAUUCCUGAAGAAUGAAGUUGAUUGAUCUCAGUGUGCAGAAUGGGCUCAAUCCAGACAUUGGAUUUGUGACGACAAACUCGGACAAACGCUAUAAACAGUGCUGAAUUAUAUUUGGUAACUCAUUUAUCUCUAAUUUGUAGGAACUUAGAAUUGAAUGAAAUAUAAAUAAAAACUCAAUGUGAAAUUGGUCUACAGGUCCUUCUUAGUUCUUGUAUGUGUGUAAUUUUUAUAUUGAGGAAAUGGGAAUCUAGUUCAUAAUUUUUUAUGCUUUUACCAAAGUGAAAUUGGUCUGCAGAUUCUUCGUAAUUCCGGUAUGUAUGUAAUUUUAUAUUGAGGAAAUGGGAAUCUAGUAAGUUCAUAAUAUUUUAUGUUAUUGCCAAAGUGAUUUUGGUCUGCAGUUUUUUCUUAAUUGCGGUAUGUGUGUAAUUUUAAAUAGAGGCAAUGGGAAUGUAGUUAAUAUUUUGUAUUUAAUUGUCAAAUUUUUAUGUAUAUGAUUGUUUCUUACUGAUUGGUGCUUUUAUUACUUAGAGAAUUUGUGCUCAUUACUUUGUUUGAAUGAUAUCAUUAGAAAUAUUAGGUUGAAUCAUAUCAUUAGAAAUACUUGGUUAAAUGAUAUCAUUAUAAACUAACUAUUGAUAAACAAAUACACAAACGACACGGAUAUCGUGAAGCAAAAGGAAACAUGCAAAGUCAUUUCAACACUUUUUACAAACAACACAAAACUCUGUUCAUAAACAUUUUAUUUCACGGCCGAAUUGCAUUAUUUUUUAUAACCUGAAGACAUUCUAGGAUGCCCUCGUGUAAUAGUAUUUUUCAAGAUAGCGUCACUGAGGUUUACAAAAAUACCAAAUAACAUGGUGUCUUUUAAUAUUUAUCAUCAGGUUCAGUUACUAGAGGUUUAAAAUAAAACCAAUUUGACCAAUUGUGUCUACCGUAUUUAUUUUCAAAAAUGACUUAGGCAACUUGUGCUUUAACUUUUACAUUUACAGCAUUAUAAAGACAUUUAAAAAGUUUUAGCUCUCAAUGUGAGAAUAGUAUUAAUAUAAUUAAUUAAAGAUACAUUAUGAGAGAUUAGAUAAAGAUCUGGCAAUUCUCACUAUAAUAGUUAAAAACUAGAUAAUGUAAAGAGAAUUUGCUGAAAAUUUUAGACAAAUUGUUCCACUCUGAACCGAGAAUUUAGCGACUGAAUAUUCGGCCUAGCCUCGAUCAUCGGUGGUUAGGAUAAAAAAAACAUAGUCUCGAUUAUCCAUUGCAUGAUUAAAUCAUGAAUGAAAGUUGAGCAGCAAAUCGGAUCCUAAUCCAGUAAAUAUCGCCGGCUAGUGAUUAUAAUGUUAUUGAUGUUAAUCGGUCAAGCUGAAAUAUUUUAAGAAAGCCGCAUUUUUAACUGGCAGUGGGCUGAACAUCACUGAAUAUAGGUGAGAUAACAGUGAUAGUAUUGACGAAGCAAACUAUUAUUCUAUGCGUCCUUGUCACGGGUUCUCUUGGUCUAUCUGGACUUCAGGGCUCCUCCCCGUCCAUCUCGCUAGACCUGUGUUCAUAUAUAGCUUUAUUAUAUAGUCUAGUAUCCUCAUAUCUUACUGUUGAUUAGUUUGAAAUUGAAUUAGUUAUUUUUAAUAUAAUCAGAAUUUCAGGUCCUAGUAUCUAGUGUUAUUUUUAUAGUAAGGGUGAUCUGUAAUUAAGAAUAAGUUUACUUGAAAUGACCAAAGCAAUAAUAAUAAUAAAUGUGUAUACGAAAUACUUAUUAUAGGUACUUUAUGUAAGAUUUAGAUAAAGAGCUAACAGCUCUCGCUAUACUAGUCACAAAUAGAUAAUGAAAAGGCAAUAUGUUGAAAAUUUCAGUCAAAUUACUUCACGUGUAGUCGAGUUAUCGCCGUUAGAAGAAUAGUGUCGCCCCGAUUGUCAUUGCUACGGCUGUAAAGAUAAUAAACAAAGUCUUGAUUAUCUAUUUUUAAAUUAAAUCAUUAAAUGGGCGAACUGUUUAAUCAACUUUAAAUCGGAGCCAUCCAUUGACAUCAAAAGUCGAUUAUGAUCUUGCCAUGUUAAUUAUUGUCUAAUUAAUAAUUUAUGUAACACUCAAUGCCUUAAUAAAGACAGACUUGCAAUAGACAGAAUUAUCUGUUACACAAUGCCUGUUUAAGGUCCUUCUAAGAGCUAAAACCAUCAUGCUAUGAGUAUUCCUUUCGCUCCCACAUGUCAAUACAUAUAUAUUUACCUCAGUAUGAUACAAAUCUGAUUGGCAGCACGUGUACUUUAUAGUAUUCAUUUAUAAGUUUAAUUUUUUGGAACUUUGCAAAUAAUACCAUAUGUAUGUGUCUAUAAUUAACAAGUAUUACAUGUGUAUAUAUAAAUCAUGUUAAUUUAAGCUAAAUCUAUACGGUCAUGCUUUCUGUGGUAAAAGCAACAUGACAGUGAACACUUCCCCCGUGUCAGUGAAAAUAUGUUAUACUUUCUGUACCUUUUGGUAAAGUUUCAAUUCGAUGGCAUGUUUGACAGUGUAAAAAACAGCGUGAUAAAAGGUUCUACGUGAUGGCAUGUUUGACAGCGUUGAUAAACAACUUGGUAAGGUUUCUAUGUGAUGUCAUGUUUGGUCGUGUUAAUAAACAACGUGAUAUAGUUUCCAUAUGAAGUCAUGUUUGGUCGUGUUAAUAAACAACGUGAUAAAGUUUCCAUGUGAUGUCAUGUUUGGUCGUGUUAAUAAACAACAUGAUAAAAGUUUCUAUGUGAUGACGCAAAAGAUGCAUUAUAUGGUCAAUUUGUUCAAGUUUAUAUGUCAAUUCAUGCCAAUUUUAGACAACUAUUCAUUGUCGUAUAAAUCUUUGGCAAAUUUGUUGAACAGCUAUGGCACAUUUUCCACGCCACAGAAACUUUAUCUUUACGCCGUGAAUUAAAAAUAAUAAUGGUAUUUAAUGAUAUAAUUUGUACUUUUUAAAUAACAGAUAUCCCCAAUAUUUAAUGAUAUAGUUUGUGAUUUUUAAAUAAUAAUAUUAUACAAAUAUGCCUAUAUUUUAAUCUAUUAUAUUGUUAUUGUUAUUUUUUUUAUACAUAAUUUUGAAUAAAUUUAGAAUAAUCAUUUA